AGGGAGGGAGGGAGGGAGGGAGGAGGCAGCCCCUUUAUCUGUGGAGUGAGCUGUGCCAGUGUCCUGAUAAGCCUUGGGUGCUACUUUAGAAGGGCCACCCUCAAAGUCUGACAGAAGGUGGAGGACCUAAGCCCUCCAGCUUCAAGCUAACUGGCAUCUUUUCUACUCUUCCCAAGAUGCGCCACCGGAGGGAGACGCCAACCCUUCAGGUACUUACCUUCUGCCCUCAGGAGCACUGAGGAGCACCAGUCUGAGCAAAGACAGCCUGGAAGAGAGAGUGACAACAGCCCCUCUGAGUCCCGUGCAGUCGGGGGAAGAGCUUCGCGAGCUGGAGCAGGAAGGGACAGUCCCUUCCGCACACCCAGAACCCUCCUCCCUGUCCACGCUGCUUCCGGAGGAAGCCAGCCCCCAGCUCGCCUUCCUCCCCAGGAAGAAGCUGCCUUCACUCAAGCAGGUGAACUCAGCCAGGAAACAGCUGAGGCCAAAGGCCACCUCCGCAGCAGCUCUCCCAAGGGCGGAGUCCCAGCCUGCAUCCCCAGGCCUGGGUCUCCUCUCUUCUGCCACUGAGAAGCCUAGCCCACCGGGAGACCCCGACCCCAUGGCCUCCGCAGGUGAAGAGAUGCUUCGACUACCAUCAGAGGAGCCCCUGUGGCUGAAUCGGAAGGAAGGUGCAGUCCCCACCACGCCUGCUCCCCUGCAGAUCUCCCCCUUCACCUCACAACCAUACGUGGCCCACACACUCCCCGAGAGCCCGGACCCUGGGGAGCCUGCCAUGUCUGAUGAGACCCACGAGGCUCCUCCUGAGGACGCCAGUCCCAUGAACUUGAUGGACAAAGGCGAGAACGAUCUGACCGGGUCAGCCUCCGAGGAGAGCCAGGAGACCACGACGUCCACCAUCAUUACCACCACGGUCAUCACAACUGAGCAGGCGCCAGCUCUCUGCAGUGUGAGCCUCUCUGAUCCCGAAGGGUACAUCGACUCCAGUGACUACCCACCGCUGCCCAUCAACAGCUUCCUAGAGUGCACAUACAAUGUGACGGUCUACACUGGCUACGGGGUGGAGCUCCAGGUAAAGAGUGUGAACCUGUCCGAGGGGGAGCUGCUCUCCAUCCGCGGGGUGGACGGCCCCACCCUGACCGUCCUCGCCAACCAGACGCUUUUGGUAGAGGGGCAGGUAAUCCGAAGCCCCACCAACACCAUCUCUGUCUACUUCCGGACUUUCCAGGACGACGGCCUCGGGACCUUCCAGCUACACUACCAGGCCUUUAUGCUGAGCUGCACCUUUCCCCGCCGGCCUGAGUAUGGGGAUGUCACAGUGAUGGACCUGCACUCCGGUGGGGUGGCCCACUUCCACUGCCACCUGGGCUACGAGCUCCAGGGCGCCAAGACGCUGACGUGCAUCAAUGCCUCUAAGCCCCAUUGGAGCAGCCAGGAGCCCAUCUGCUCAGCCCCUUGCGGAGGGGCUGUGCACAAUGCCACCAUCGGUCGCGUCCUCUCCCCAAGUUACCCUGGAAACUCCAAUGAGAGUCAGUUCUGUGUGUGGACAAUUGAAGCUCCAGAGGGCCAGAAGCUACAUCUGCACUUUGAGAGGCUGUUGUUGCAUGAAAAAGACAGGAUGAUGGUCUACAGUGGGCUGACCAACAAGUCCACUCUUCUCCACGACUCCCUUCCAACCGAGAGCGUCCCUUUCGAGGGCUUGCUGAGUGAGGGCAACAGCAUUCGCAUCGAGUUCACGUCCAACCAGGCACGGGCGGCCUCAGCCUUCAACAUCCGGUUUGAGGCCUUUGAGAAAGGCCACUGCUACGAGCCCUAUAUUCAGAAUGGGAACUUCACCACAUCCGACCCAACCUAUAACAUCGGGACCAUAGUGGAGUUCACCUGCGACCCCGGCCACUCCCUGGAACAGGGUCCAGCCAUCAUUGAGUGCAUCAAUGUACGGGACCCGUACUGGAAUGAUACCGAACCCCUGUGCAGAGCCAUGUGUGGUGGGGAGCUCUCUGCUGUGGCUGGGGUGGUGCUGUCCCCAAACUGGCCAGAGCCCUAUGUGGAAGGUGAAGAUUGUAUCUGGAAGAUCCACGUAGGGGAGGAGAAACGGAUCUUCUUAGAUAUCCAAUUCCUGAAUCUGAGCAACAGCGACAUCCUGACCAUCUACGACGGUGAUGAGGUCAUGCCCCACAUCUUGGGGCAGUAUCUUGGGAACAGUGGCCCCCAGAAGCUGUACUCGUCCACACCAGACCUGACCAUCCAGUUCCACUCGGACCCUGCUGGCCUUAUCUUUGGAAAGGGCCAGGGAUUUAUCAUAAACUACAUCGAGGUGUCAAGGAAUGACUCCUGCUCAGAUUUGCCCGAGAUCCAGAACGGCUGGAAAACUACUUCUCAUACAGAGCUUGUGAGGGGAGCCAGAAUCACCUACCAGUGUGACCCUGGCUACGACAUCGUGGGAAGCGACACCCUCACCUGCCAGUGGGACCUCAGCUGGAGCAGCGACCCCCCAUUUUGUGAGAAAAUUAUGUACUGCACCGAUCCUGGAGAAGUAGACCACUCAACCCGCUUAAUUUCGGAUCCCGUGCUGCUGGUGGGCACCACCAUCCAGUACACGUGCAACCCCGGCUUUGUGCUGGAAGGGAGCUCGCUUCUGACCUGCUACAGCCGCGAGACGGGCACUCCCAUCUGGACUUCCCGCCUGCCCCACUGUGUUUCGGAAGAGUCCCUGGCAUGUGACAACCCUGGGCUACCUGAAAACGGGUACCAAAUCCUGUACAAGCGACUCUACCUGCCGGGAGAGUCCCUCACCUUCAUGUGCUACGAGGGCUUCGAGCUCAUGGGUGAAGUGACUAUCCGGUGCAUCCUGGGACAGCCAUCCCACUGGAACGGGCCCCUGCCUAUUUGUAAAGUUAAUCAAGACAGCUUUGAACACGCUUUAGAAGCAGAAGCGGCAGCCGAGACAUCAUUGGAAGGGGGAAACAUGGCACUGGCUAUCUUCCUCCCCGUCCUCAUCAUCUCCUUACUGCUGGGAGGAGCCUACAUUUACAUCACCAGAUGUCGCUAUUACUCCAACCUCCGCUUGCCCCUGAUGUACUCCCAUCCCUACAGCCAGAUCACCGUGGAGACUGAAUUUGACAACCCCAUUUAUGAGACAGGGAAACUACAGACCUCCAUUAAAGCAUGUGACAGCAACCUCUUCCAGGGCCAAGCCUAUGACUUCUUAUAUGUCCCUGCUCCUCUGAUCGGGGGCCUGGAGUAUAUUACACACACUCUGUGA